AUGAACUCAGCCGUAAAGAGCCUCAGCAAAGCUGUGGCUUUUAUUCCCGGCGGAGCAACCGGCUUGGGGCGUGCUACGGCGAGUGCAAUUGUUCAGAACGGAGGAAAAGUUGCCGUGAUGGAUACCGAUAUCGAAUUUGGACAGUACUUGGCUCAGGAUUUAGGUCCAUCUUGUCAAUUUGUAGUAGGCUCUGUCACAGAAAGGGAGAAUAUUGAAGUUGCUCUGAAGAAAGGAUUUGAAGCUUUCAAUUUGAGAUACAAUCUAUGCCUGAACUGUGCUAGUCAGAGUCACGCGCUUAAACUGUUUAACAAAAAACACGGAAAGGCGAAUUCAUUUGAAUAUUUUUGGAAACCCUUCACUGUAAAUACAAUAGGUAGUUUCAACGUUCUAGCAACAUUUGUUAAAGAGUUAGAUAGUCAAGAUGUAACCGAAGAAAAUAAAGAUGUGGUUUUUAUUAAUAAAACUCUGCUUUACGAAGGUCAUGAACUUAUGACGUCAUAUACUUCGUCGAAAGGAGCUGUUAAAAGUAUGACUGUUCCAGCUUCAAGGGAACUAGCGGCGUUAGGAAUACGCGUCUGCUCAAUUUCCACCGGGUAUUUUGACACUGAUAAAGUAGAAGAAAUUUGGUCUGACAAUAUGAAGAUGAAUUUUAUUCAAGGCCGAAUGCACCCGAAAUUCAGACUUCCGCAUUCAGAAGAGUUCGUUCACGCUGUAGCAACCAUUUUCGAAAAUAAAAUGCUCAAUGGAUAUGAUAUGAAACUGGAUAAUGCUAAUUCUUUAAUUUACAGCUGA